AACUCCCAUCGCCAGUGUGUUUUCAGCGCCUUUUCUCGUCGGCUAAAAACAACUGCAACUGAAGGAUUUGCUGGGGAUUUGCGGAGCGAGUGGCAGGACACAGGACACAGGACAAAGGACAGCAGCAGAAUGCCCUCCGGCAUUGUGAAGACCCCGAGCAGCGCCAGGACGAAGGAUGCCACCGUCACCACCGUGGCGAAAUCCGCCGAGAAGACGGCCAGCGGUGGCAAGAAAUUCGUGCAGACGCGUCUGCCCUUCAAGCUGAUUACACCAGGUGGUGGUGGUGGUGGUGUUGGGGGUGGCACAGGCGCCACUGCCUCUCCAUCGGCUUCCACCUCCGCCAGCGGACCCAGCGCGACUGUGAUCCUGGAUGACGACGAGGAUACCGAUCCCGCUCCGCGCAAGCGAAAGCUGUCGUACGGCGAUGAGUCGCCACUGGAGGGCACCGGCUGCUCCGCGGACAGCAAGGAGAACCUUGAUGUGGGCAGCACCAUAGCCACCAAGAAGGUCAAGACUGCGCCGGCUGCCAUGGACGUGGAUUCCCUGGCGGAGAAUGUCAUCGAGCUAAUUGACGAUGACGACGAGGCCAUGGCGGAGGAGCACGACCAGCAGGCGGUGAAGGAGAAGGAGAAGGAGACCAGGCCAAAGCCCAGGAAGUCGGAGGCGAAGAAAGCCUCGACAACGCCCAUACAAAUCAAGCUGCCUUUGGUCGGCAAACGACCCAAACGCCGGAAAUCCCUGAAGAAGUCCGAGGACUGCGAAGACACUCCGGCCAAGGAUGCGGGCAAGACGGGCAGCGAGUCCAGCGAUGAUAUAGAAGUCAUAUCCGAGGAGCUAAAUCCCCAGAAGAAGCUUAAAGUGCAGGAGACAGUGGCGGGGGCGGUGGCGGUGGCGGUGGAUCAGUCCCCAGAAAAGAGCCCCGAGGUUAAGAAACAGGAGAAGCCCAAGGAGGCAUCAAAGGAAUCCAAGGAAGAACCCCACAAGAAGAACGACCAGUCCACGAUAGAUCUCUUUAUGGCCAAGAAAGUGGAGAGCGGCAAGAAAGAGAAGCCGGAGUUGAAGACCACAGAGAAGAGCAAGAAGAAAGAUCAACCCCGAUCAGAGGAUGCCAAGGCGAAAGAAGCCACAAAGAAGGACACAACAAAGGUCUUGGGGAAGUCCAAGAAGGAGGGAAAUAACAAGAAAGAAGAUGUGGAAGCCAGCACAGCAGAGUUGCAGAAGGAGCAAGAAGACGCAGCUGCAAAGACGCAAAAAGAAGAAACCAACAAGAAGAAUGUGCAGAUCACCCAGAAAAAGGAGUUGGUGAAGAAACCACAAGCACAAGCUGUAGAAAAGGAGAAAACCCAGAAGGAAGAGCCUUCAGUUCCAGAGAAACCGAAGACAGUAGAGUCUUCGCCACGAGAAAAACCCGACAAGGAAUCAUCCAUAGCCGCCGACAUCUCGGUGAUCCUCUCCAGCAGCGAGGACAACAGCAGCAGCAGCGACCACGAGAUGGAUGUGGACACGGACGUGCAGAAAGAUGGUCUGCUGCACAGGAAGAGCCUGCAGGAGACCAGCAGCAAUGCGCAGAAGACACUCACGCCCAAACAGCAGCGACUGAUGGAGCGUCGGAAGAAGGCUCGCGAGGAGAAGGAGCAGAAGCUGGCGGAGGAGCGGCGCCUCAAGCAGCAGGAGAAGGAGGAGCGCGAGCAGCAGAGGAAGCAGGAGCGUGACGAGAAGGAGCAGCAGCGCAAGCUGGAGAAGGACCAGAAGGAGCAGCUGCGCAGGACUGAGAAGGAGGAGAAGGAGCGCAAGCGGCAGGCGGAGGUGGACUCCAAGAACGAGGAGAAGCGCAAGCGCAACGAGGCCAAGGAGGAGGUGCAGCGCAAGCGGGACGAGGAGCGUCGCAAAAAGGAGCAGGAACGCGAGGAGGCGGCCCAAAAGAAGAAGCGCGCCGCCGAAUCCUUCUCCAAGUUCUUUGUGCCCAAGCAGCCGAAAGCGGGCGGCGCUGGAUCUACCCACAACACCUCCUGUCUGGAGCACGAGCAGAGCAGCUGCGACAGCUCCAAGGUCAGCAGCCAGACGCUGGCCUUCCGACCCUUCCAGAUCAAGGACGACAUGCUGUUGGCCCCCAUUGUGCGGGGAUCCCUCGCCCAGAAGCAGCGCUCCCAGCUGGACACUCUCUUCCGGCACAGGAACGAAGACGACGAUGAUGAUGAUGACGAGGAGGAGGAGGAGGAGGAGGACUUUGGCAGAAGGAGACCCCUUAAUCGAGCCCAUCUCUACCUUAGCGAACUGAGCAGCGGGCGAAGGCAGCCCCUGAAAAUGCUCCGCGAUGCCAGACUCCAGCGACGCACCAAGGACGAGGAGGAGGAGGACGAGGUCCAAGUGAUAGAUGACCUGUCCAAUGCUGGCCUGCCCAUCGAGGAGGAGCAGCCCAAGCAGCUGGCCAGGAUGCGGGCCAAGUAUCUGCAGUUCGCGGACAACCGAAGGCCGGCCUACUAUGGCACCUGGCGCAAGAAGAGCACCACCAUCUCCGCUCGCCGCCCACUGGCCCAGGAUAAGCUGCACUUCGACUACGAGCUGGACUCCGACUGCGAGUGGGAGGAGGAGGAGCCGGGCGAGUCGCUCAGCGCCAGCGAGGAUGAGAAGGAGCGCGAGUCGGAGGAGGAGUCCGAGGAGGAGUACAACGAGUGGUAUGUGCCGCAUGGCCACCUCAGCGACGAGGAGCUGCAGAACGACGGCGACGAGGGGGCCAUGGACGACGGGCACACGCGGGAGGCGCAGAAGGCCAAGCUGCAGGUGCUGCAGCAGGAGUUCGCCCAGGAGAUGAAGAAGCAGACGAAGAAGAUGAAGUCCCGCCUGCUGGGGCCCGUCUGGCUGGACGAGAAUGGCAACAAGUCGCAGCUCUUCCCGGCCAUCUUCGCCCACACCAUCGAUAUGUACGCCUGCUGGCAGCUGGAACCGCUCAGCCUGGAACCGCCGGUCGAGCAGGAGCGCGAGGACCAGGUGCCGGAGCAGCCCGCUCCAUUGCAGUUGGACAACCGGCACAUGCAUCAGCUGGUGCGCCUCACACACGGCAAUCGCAACUCGAAGGCGUUCCUGAUCAACGAGUAUUUAGAGUACCUGAAAACCCAGACGCCGAAUCAAACGCUGCUGCCCUCGAAGGCUGUGCUCCGCGAGAAGUUCGACGAGCUGGCCAGCUGGAAGACCGUCGAGCUGGGCACGCCCACGGAGUUGGUCGCCAGCGGCAGCGGCACUGCCGGUGGCAACACCGCCAAGAAGACCAAGAAGCCCAAGAAGCGACUCUGCUGGGUGGUGCCGCCCGAACUGCUGGAGAAGUUCCAGCUGCCGGAGCUGCCGCUGCAGAACCAAUGGGACUACACGCUGACCCCCAAAGUGAACGAGGGCACGGAUACACCGCAGCACGAGCAGAGUCCGCCCGCGGAGGCGGAGACGAGCGCCCGGCCAUCAAACGCCAGUUCGGCGCCCACAACGCCCAGCACGGGACAGGCGACGACCCCAAGCUCGCAGGGCGCCAAAAAGCGGGCCACCCUGAUCAUGUCCGUGCCCAGGGAUCAGCCGAUUCACGCGGCCACCAAGAACCACCUGAUCAGCCAGUUCCUGCGGCGCCAGAGCGAGUCCGCCACCAGCAGUCCCAGGGAUAAGCCGCAGAAUAAAUCCAAGGAUGUGAAGGAUGAGAAGCGGGAGAAGCAGCCACCCACCGUCAGCGAGGAUGUGGUGUUGCUCUCGGAUUAGGCUUAAGAUAAGAAACUACUGCCCCUUCUCCAUUGAGGGUCUUCCUUCUAGUAGGACACUUUUUUUUUCGCUAGAUUCGCUCAUAAGUUGAUUUAAUUCGUAAUGUUCCGAUGUCGGUUCGACUUGUAUGUCCUUCUCAUCCCCAUCCCAUCCCAUCUCAUCGCAGUCACCCCAUCCAUCCUCAUUAGGCAUAUCCUCUACCCACUCAUCUGUAGAUCUGUAGAUAUGUGGUUCGGCGAAACAAGUACUCAGAAACUAAUUAUUGCGCUACGUUUCGACUUCAUCAAUGAACCAUCUAUACAUAUAUAGUAUAUAUGCAAUAAUACAUUA